AUGGGUUUAAUCUCCCGUAAAGCGUGUGUGUUUGUUUUGGUGUUUGCUAUGGUAACAGAUUUCACAGUGGGAGAAACAGAGUUUGGUGAUGACAAGCACUUGUUUCCUCACCCUCGUCCAUUGCUCCACAAAGGUGGCAUCCACAAGAAGGGCGUUAAGAAAGACUUUGGCGGUUUAGGCGGCGGCGGUCUAGGUGGUGGUGGCGGCUUUGGAGCAGGAGGUGGUGGCGGUUGGAUUGGAGGCGGAAUUGGUGGCUUUGGAGGAGGAAUAGGCGGUGGAUUUGGUGGUGGUGGUGGAGCUGGAGGGGGAGGAGGAGUCGGUGGCGGUGGUGGUACCGGUGGUGGAGUUGGCGGUGGUGCUGGUGGGGGAGUUGGUGGUGGAGCCGGUGGAGCUGCACUGCCCGGCGCUGGAGCCGCACUGCCCGGCGCUGGAGCUGCACUGCCCGGUGGUGGAGCCGGUGGAGUUGCACUACCCGGUGGUGGAGUUGUUGGCGGUGCCCCCGAUGCCGGAAUCGGCGGUGGAGGUCACUGA